CGGGCCCGUGCUCAUAGUCAACAGAAAAAAGAGAAAGACGGAAGGGUUUUGCUAGGGCUUUGAAUUUUGAAAUCUAGAAUUUGUGCAGAUGAAUCAACUACUGAGAGAUGCUUCCUCUUCUUCCGCCAGAAACUCUCUCAUUCGGAUCGUAUCAGUUGCCGCUCUCGGGUCACACCUCUUAUAUGCAAACCACUAUUCGUAUUCUCGAGAUCGUCCAUCAUUUUAUUCUCGAGUUACUCCUGCUCCAUCCAAGGAUCUAAGAAAGGAAGCUCCUGGAGGGAAAGGAGAUAGUGCAAAAAAGUAUGUUGGAUAUAUUGGCAGGGACACUUUCGCCGAUACAGUGGCUAGGGUUUUCUGUGGAAUUACCACUGGAAAGAGUAUUGGGUCUGGAAUCAUCAUUGAUGCCAGUGGUACUAUUCUGACUUGUACUCAUGUUGUAGUUGAUUUUCCACUUGCGGGCAUGAGAACUAUAUCUAAAGGGAAGAUUGAAAUAGCUUUACAAGAUGGUCGGACAUUUGAGGGUACAGUGGUGAAUGUUGACCUUCUAUCAGAUAUUGCAACUGUAAAGAUCAAUUCUUGUAAGCUUGGUUCGUCCAGUAAGCUUCGCCCUGGGGAUUGGGUGUUAGCCAUGGGAUGCCCCCCUUCCCUUAAAAAUACAGUAACAGCUGGUGUUGUUAGCUGUGCUGAUCGUAAAAGUAGUGAUUUGGGCCAUUUUGGUAUCAGGGGACAACAAAGAGAAUACUUACAGACUGAUUGUGCACUCCAUCCGGGCAAUUCUGGAGGGCCUCUUGUUAACAUCAAAGGAGAAGGUGUUGGAGUAAUUGUUAUGAAAGUGCCGGUUGCGGAUGGAUUAGGCUUUUGUGUACCAAUUGAUGCAGUUUCAAAAAUAUUCGAGCGCUUUAAUAAGAGUGGUAAUUCUGCGCAGGAGAGUUAUUCGGCCAUGGCUUGGAUUAAAAACGGUAGAUCUUAAUGAGAUGCUUAUUACCCAGCUUAAAGAAAGAGAUGCUAAAUUCCCUAAAGUUAGCAGAGGGGUUCUUUUACAGAUGGUAAGAUUUGUUGUUGCUCCUCCCUUCAUCUUGUUGAUAUAACCUAAUAAUUGGUGCUAACCUGCACGAGCUGUCUGUUACCUCUGUUUGUCCUAUGCCUAUCAGUAAUCGUGUGUGCAUUCCUCUGCUUUCAGAUACUUAUUUAUUUACAUCCAUUUGUAUUCUUCGUAAUGUUUUUAUAGAAGCACAUGUCUCCACUGGGGGGAACUUUUUAUAAUCUGUUAAUAUUCUUCACAAUCCUUGAGGAGGUUGUCCGGUCAUCAUUAAAAUCAAAGGAACUGUCAUCAAGAACUAGAGUAAAAGCUCCUAGCUUCGUUAGGAUACAACAUUAGUUGGGUGAUGGUUUCUCCUUUAAGUUGGACGCAUUUGGCUUGAGCUUUAUCUGUGGCAUUUAUGUCCCGCCGAGGCUCCGCACCUAUUGACUUGUUUAAUAAGUCAUUGUUUUUAAAUACUAUGAUAAGUAUACUAGUUUAUUUUAUAUGUUGCCUAUCCAAGGUGAUC